GUUUGUGGCUUGUGUUGGCUUUAGAUCUUGAGUUGGGUGCAAAACAAGUUCAAUGGGAGACCAGAGAAGAAGUGUUCUGCUUCUCGUGCUUCAGCUCCUGGAAAUGAACACAGCGAGUGGCCGCAGACCCUGUUGGCAAUCGGAACAUUCGGCAUCAACGACAUGAAACAAGACCCACAAAUCGCAGAAAACUUGGAUGCUUCAGAAGACUUGCUUGAUUUCACGGCAGAAGAAGUGAACACACUGCAGAAAGAGCUAGCAAAGCUGCUGAGCCGAAAGCCAAAGUGUAGCACCAGCGGAUCCGAGAUCGCCGAAGAAGAAGAAGAAGAAGAAGGUAGAGCUAAUCUGCCACUGAACAGGUUUCUCAAUUGCCCGUCGAGCUUGGAGGUCGACAGGACCACCAGCUUGAAGCUCGACAACAAUGGCGAUCUCUCCCCCUACACCAAGAUCAUACUAAGCAAAGUGAAGGAUGCAUUACAGGGCAACCGCAAUGCCAUCAAGAAGAAAUCACUCUCAUUUCUUCUGAAGAAGAUAUGUGUCUGUGGGAGUGGCUUCGAGUCACCUCCAAGCUUCAGAGACCCCAUUCCUGAGCCAAGGAUCGAGAAGAUUCUCAAGGCAAUUCUUACCAAGAAGAGCUCUGCUCCAACAUCAAUGAGAAGCUACUUGGAGAGCAAACCCAACGAGAAGUUGCAGGCAUCAAAGGUGGAGGAGGAUGACCAUAGGAAAGACCAGUGUAGAUGGGUUAAGACAGAUUCCGAGUAUAUCGUUCUAGAGAUCUAGAGACCAAUAUGGCAUUGAGUGUCGGUAUGAUCGAAGGCAGCUCUCUCUCUCUCUCUCUCUCUCUCUCUGAUAGUGUUGAUGUUUAUGAAGAAGCCACUGAAGGUAUGCCAAUUGCUUGGGAGUCCCAGACUGACCGUGGAGCAGAGAAGCGAACCAGAAGGGUUUUAGCAGAGGAGAAACGCUGCAUUUUUGCUGUGAAUUUAUGCUUUUGAGUGUUAAUAGUAAAAGAAAAGGAAAUUGUCAUGCAGAUGUUAUAAAGCAUUUUGAUGAAUGG